AUGGCAGACGACGGCCACCAUUCUUCGUGGCAUCCUGCUCUGAGGACGCAUAACAGCUCCAACCAUGUACCAGUAGUCGCUCCACAACAAGCACCUGCUCGAGCCGACCAUGAUGAUGCCGACUUCUUCGACCGCGUUCCUGCCGCCCAACCUCCGUCCAUUGCUGAAGAAGAUGCCGACCCAGAACAAUCUGCCGAGGAUACCUCCAAUGAAUCAGCCCAACUUGCUUUCGACCAGCCCGAUCCCGCGACAGAAAGUGCCAAAGCCUCCGUACCCGUCGCAGAAGAGGAACUGGACGACACACAGGUCNCAAGAGCUAGAGCCUGCCGAAUCGCCGAAAGGUCCAGCACGCCGAGCCUCUGGCCUUCGCUGAGCCCGAACGAGCCAUAUCGCAAGAGCCGGAACGUUCAUCCGUCGAGGAAGNCCUUUGGCAGCUUGGACAAGGAAGAGCAGCAUCACAUUCGAGAACAGUACGAGUACCAGGGUCAGAGUACCGCUGCCGACGACGCCGUUGACGAGAGUGACGAUGCGCCCUUGAUGCAGGAUGAGGAGAGCUUGCCCACUCCCGGCUUUGCUACAGAUGCUCCUGCCAUCAACGCCCAUGACGUUCCCUUUGAGCCCUUCCACUCGGAUCCCUCAGCAGUUGCCGCCGCCGCAGAGCACGUCUACGACAUGUCUACCGAGGACCCGUCAGUAAUCGAGCGAGAGCACGCCACACAGUCGCAAACGUUCGACGAUCAAGUCUCCGAAGUUGCAGCAAUUUCUGAGCCUUCGGAAGCGUUAGAAGAGGCCAAGGAAACCUUGCGACAAGUGGCCGAAGAGCCCAUUGAGGAGCCGACUCAAGUACAAUCCCAAACCUCGGCUGCCUUCGAAUGGGGCGACGAUGACCAGACCGAGGACUUUGGAGCUGUCGUAGGAAGCGUUCCAGCACACGAGAACAAUGUCGAUUCAGACAACCUUGCGGCUGGAAGUGGCCUUGUGGCUUCUCGGGCAACUGCUCUGGCUCAGGUUCUGCAGGAGCAAAAAGCAGAGGAAGACGGUCCUGCCGAGGGUGAGAAGAGCGAAGAGGAUCUGGCCGCCAUGUGGUCCGCUGCUUUGGAUGAUGAUGAUUUCCUCGACGACAACGCUGUUGAUCCUAGUGGCUUCUUCGACGACGACGGCGAGGGCUUCUUGGACGACUUUGACACAACUCCGGCUCCUACCACACAACAAGUCUUUAGCCCUGAGCAAGCACUCAGCCCUGGUAUUGCCCCUGUACUAGACGCCCAAGGAAACACGGUCGGUUUCACAAAGCUCGGUGGUCCCCAAGAACAGAUCAACGCGCCUGCAAACCCCUAUUCACCAGCAGCUCAGCAACCGAAUCCCUAUUUGACUCCAGCUCUGCCAUCUGUGCCUUUGUACAACCAGCAACAGCAACCCGUCCGACCAGUCCUGAACAAUGCACAAAGCUUUGCCGACAAGUCCAAGGGCGGCUACUCCUCCCCCUAUGACUUGCCCGAAGACAUUGUUCAGCCCCGUAGACGUCCUGCUGCAGCUGCAGCCCCCACUCAGUCCAACGCGCCACGUCCACCACCAAGGAGUAGCAGUAUGCAAUCUGUUCCACCCAAUGCUCCUCCACCUUUUCCCCGUUCCGCAACCGCUGCUCCUUCAGCAACCAUUUCAUCGCCUCCCAUGAAUCAAUCGCCUAGCGUCGCAACUUUACCACCCAAGCCUGCCACUGCUUCGGGCGCUGAUCGAUCUGCCUCUGGAUUUUUCGAGGAACUACCUAUGGCGCCAAAGCCUCGCAACAGACCCUAUACCCCAGCUGUGGCCGCUUCGUCUCCUGCUCAGGUCCCUGGUCAGACUCCUCCACAAGGGCCUCCUAUCCGUCCGCCUUCCCGUCCUGUUAUGCCUUCUUCCGCUGGUUCUGCAAGCUAUGGUGUCGCAGAUUUCAGGCAACCCGAGAAGCUCCCUUUAUUACCUGAUAUGCAGGCCGCUCCUCAGCAGCUGGAGCCACCUCAACUCACUGGUCCUCCAGCAACUUCAAGAUACUCACCUGUCGCUCCUCAGCAAGCUCCUUCAACAAUAGCACCUCCAGCUAGUGGCCGCUUCUCGCCCAUGCCGCCGCCUGCUCCUGCAGCAAAUUCUCGUUAUUCUCCUGCUCCACAGGCUCAAGCCCAAAACCAAGCACAGAACAAGUAUGCAACUAUGCCUGCUUCUACGCCUGUGUCAAGGCCAGUCCAGCCAUUUGCCCCUCGCACUUCGAGUCCUCUGGCUUUUCACGAGAAGCCUGCUGUUGCUGAAAUGCCACCACCACCUGUGCGUGCAGUCUCGUACNCAGCCUCCACCCCCGUACGUCAGAUGUCGGGUCUUGCUGAGGGCUUCGCGACACCACCGCGACGAGACAGCAACACCCUGGACCAGACUCUUUCUCAAUCCUAUGCCCCGCCUCCUCGCGCCAAUCCUUAUGCUCCCAUGACUUCGUCCNCCGAGUCUCGUAUCUCACAACCGUACGCUGCCAGCAAUGCGCCCGCGCCCAGUGACACCUUCUCACCACCAAGACGCUCCAAGACCCAGUCGCCGGGAACCGCUAUGAAAGCACCUCUGAAAGCUAUGACUCAAAUCGACAGGCCGACUUCUGCUGCCGGAAACAUUACCUCCNCCACAUCAUUGCAACGGCAGGACGCGAGAGCUGCUCUGCCUCCAGCUCGCCAGCAGUUCUCCUCGGAUCUCAAUUUCACUGUGCCUCAAGACGAACGAGCUCAAGAUCCGUUGGAGAGAUACAAGGGUUGUCCUGUCUUCAAAUGGGGUCCUAGCGGCUCAUUGGUGAGCUCGUUCCCCAAGCAAGCACCUUUCUAUGCUGCUGGUCAUGCUAUCCCAACCAUCAAGUGUACACCUGGCCAUGUCACUAUUCAUGAUACCAAGGUGACAUUUCCUCUGAGCGAGCGUGAUGCAAAAUUCCCUGGGCCCUUGAACAAAGGCAAAUCCAAGAAGAAGGAAGUUCUCACCUGGAUCACUGGCAAGAUUGAGGACCUUGAGAAGGCGAAUGAAGACACUCUUCAUGACUUUGGUAUGCCUGUUCAAGUAAAGAAACGCAUCGACGAGAAGGUUGUCCUCUGGAAGAUGGUCAAGCUUUUGCUCGAACACGACAACAAGAUUGAAGGCAAUACAUCUGCAGAGGACGCUGCUCGGAAGAUUCUGUUGCCGAAUUUCACACAAACAGAAGAGCCUGUGGAAGAUGUUGCUGGUGAGAACGUUUCUGGACUGUCUACCGAACCGGUCAAUGCAAAGGCCGUCGCACAGAUUCGCAAACACCUCAUGGCUGGUGAUCGCGAGAAGGCCGUCUGGUAUGCAAGUGAACAAAAGCUGUGGUCUCAUGCUUUGCUCAUCGCAUCGGUCGCCGGUCCUGAGAUCUGGAAGCAGGUCGUACAAGAAUAUGUCCGCUCGCAAGUCAAAGAUGCAGGAGAGAACUCUCAAUCUCUUGCAGCAUUGUACGAGGUCUUUGCUGGAAAUUGGGAAGAGAGUAUUGACGAACUCGUUCCACCCUCUGCCCGUGCCGGCUUCCAGAUGAUCAGCAAGGCAGGACCGAGUUCGAAGAAUCCUCUUGAUGGUCUUGACCAGUGGCGCGAAACAUUGUGUCUCAUCAUCAGCAAUAGAAGCAAUAACGAUGUUCAAGCCAUUUCAGCUUUGGGCAAACUUCUCUCUAGCUAUGGUCGCAGUGAGGCAGCUCACACUUGCUACCUCUUCGCCAAAGCUUCAGCUCACCUUGGUGGCGCUGACGAUGAGAAGUCUGACUUCGUAUUGCUUGGUGCAGACCACAAGAACCAGACUCAGGAGCUCUCAGACCUGGAUGCGAUCCUUCUUACUGAAGUCUACGAGCUCUGCGUGUCUCUUGCACCUGCUCCUGGCACAUCGCCUACUCUCCACCAUCUACAAGCAUUUAAAUAUCAGCAUGCUCAGAUACUCACAGAGCAUGGUCUACGUAGCGAAGCACUGGCAUACUGUGAUGCGAUCAUGGCUUCGUUCAAGGCAUCUACCCGCCUUUCGCCAUACUAUCACCCUGCACUACUGAGCAGUGUAGAUGACUUGCACAGAUGUUUGUCGCAAGCACCCCAAGCCAGUGCUUCUGGGGGAUGGAUUCCAAAACCGUCCAUGGACAAGGUCUCUGGUAGUAUGUGGAAGCGCUUCAACACUUUCGUCGCUGGUGAUGACGAUGAAUCAAAAGCGAACGGCUCAACUGGUGGUGAAGGCGCCCCUGCAGGACCGUUCGGGGGUAUCACUGGUGAGACACCUACAGUCAGUAGAACAGCUUCAACCACGGAUCUGUAUGGAGCAAUGUCAAUGGGAGGCAGCGUUUCGUCUGCGACCGGACAUGCCGCACCCAACCGAUAUGCACCUCCCACUCAACAUGGCGGUGCCUCGGCCUCACGCUACGCUCCAAGCAGUUCGAGUGCAUAUGCUCCAAGCAGAGGUUCAAUGGACUCCUCCCGCUCCUACGAACAAGAAAGACCUGGAACGGGCUACAGUAGUCUUGUUUCUCCUACCACAGCCGCACCUGCGCCAGUCCAGCGUGCUAGUAGCACGCCGUUCGGAGCGUACCUGCCGCAACAAGCUGGAGAAAGCCAAGCACAGCCAUCACUGGGUGUCCCUCGCCCGGAGCCAAACCGUGCUGUGUCAGACUACCGUGUACAAUACAGCCAGCCACCUUCAAGACGUGAGUCUGUUCAAUCUGGUGUUGGAUCUGAGCCUCGGUCAAGUCUUGAUCAAGGGAGAUCAGCGUAUGGCUACCAGCCCGAGCCUUCGAGACAUUCUCCUUACCAGCCGAACUCGUACACCCCGCUAUCGCCCAUCUACGGAGACAGCAAUGCUGAGGCUGCCGAGAGUGAACAGCCCUCGGCAUAUGAGCCUCACACACAAUCACCAUACCAGCCAUCUGAGCCGACUCCUGUGCAAGAGCCGCAAUUUGCUGGUUACACGCCCACCGCUCCUUCAGAUGAGCAGACGAGCCUCGGGUAUGAACCUCCGGUAUCUUAUGAACCACCUUCGUCUUAUGAGCCACCGUCAUAUGACCCCGAAGCUUCCUACGAACCUCCAUCUUCGUACGGGCCGCCUUCAGACGAGCCCCAAGAACCUCAGACAUCUUCCUACGCCCCUCCGUCAUACGAGCCUCCCUCGUCAUACGCACCUCCCACAUCCUACGAGCCUCCAACCGGCUCAUCAAGCUACGAACCUCCUACAUCGAGCUACCAGCCCUACGAGCCAGAAGCUGGUGCAGAAGGCAACGACGAGGAACUUCAAGAGAAGCCACAAAAGAAGAACUUCAUGGACGACGAAGACGACGACGAGAUUGUCCAGCGAGCCACCGCGCUCAAGAAGGCAGCCGACGACAAAGCCGCCGACGAAGCUUUCCGCAAAGCCGCCGAAGAAGACGCCAAACGCGACGACAAGGCAUCUGCUGCUGGCGACAAGAAAGGCUGGUUUGGCGGCUGGUUCGGCAAGAAAGAUCCAAAUGCUCAACCAGGGCCCAUCAGAGCCAAGCUCGGCGAACAGAGCUCCUUCUACUAUGACCCGGAUCUCAAGAAAUGGGUCAACAAGAAGGGAGGUGCAGAGGCUGCCACCCCUACCGCUGCUACACCGCCUCCACCCAGGGGACCACCUAGUAGAAGUGUCAGUGCUGCUGCACCACCCAUGUCUGGUCCGCCGUCGCGCACUUUGACACCCGCUAGUGGUCCGCCUUCCGGACCUCCAUCUGUUGCUGCUUCCCCCGCUGCACCGCAAACGGGCUUUGCUUCUGCUUCCGCGCCUCCACCGUUGGGAGCACCGCCAACAAUGUCUGGCCCGCCCAGUCGUCCCGCGACGAGUAUGAGUAAUGCGAGUAGUAUUGAUGACUUGCUCGGCGCACCCGGACCGAGAAAGGGAGGUACUGCAAAGGGCAAGAAGAGGGGAGGCAGAUAUGUAGACGUGAUGGCCAAGCCUUGA